AGUCAGGCUUGUUCCUUCACUCCACCGGACACUAGAAAUCUGUUGCUGCCGCCUGCCGCUUAUUAUGGUGCCAUGGAACGAAGCAACCGAACAAUCACAGUCAGAGACAGGGUCGUUCCCCGUCCUCCUCCGCCCGCCGCCGGCCGCCUAUGCUUUCCUCUCCCGGGAACCCCCACCCCAUCCACGGUCUGAACUCCUAAUGUAUGCAGCAAGUCAUGUUGGCUAUGCUUUUGGUCUCUAAGAAUGAUUUUUUUCUGCAUGGGGCAUACUGAAGAUACUUAUUUGACCAAAAGUUUGUUCGAGACUUGCCUGUGAUACCGGUGUUCAACCAAAAGACUCUGACUGUCUGACAGCAUGGAAACAUACACCACGGAUGACGCGCUUUCAGCCAUGGGGUUUGGCAGAUUCCAGGCGCUUGUUCUUGCUUAUGCAGGCAUGGGUUGGGUCGUAGAGGCCAUGGAGCUCAAUCUGCUGUCAUUUGUGGGACCAUUGGUUCGGGAGGAGUGGAAAGUCUCUGCCCAGGAUGAGAGCCUACUCUCAAGUGUGGUCUUUGCUGGCAUGCUGAUCGGCUCAUGUGCUUGGGGCUUUGUUUCUGACAGAUAUGGUCGAAGGACCGUUUUGCUGUUUUCAGCUCUGUUCACUAGCGGAAUGGGUUUCUUGAGUGCCUGGUCUCCCAACUAUUUAUGCUUGAUCGCUCUUCGGUUUCUCGUCGGCGUAGGAGUGGGUGGUGGGCACGUGUUCUCAUCUUGGUUUUUGGAGUUUGUUCCUGCGCAAAAUCGCGGCACUUGCGUAGUUCUUUUUUCGCUUUUUUGGACUAUCGGCACCGUCUUGGAGGCUUCACUUGCAUGGGUUGUCAUAUCGGCAUUGAAUUGGCGGUGGUUGCUAGUUUUGACCUCCAUUCCAUGCUUCCUCUUGCUUCCAUUCUUUCGAAUAAUACCUGAAUCACCACGCUAUCUUUGUGCACAAAAUAGAAUGUCAGACGCUACACUUGUCCUGGAGAGUGUCUCUAUGAUAAACCAAGAAGCUCUUCCUCCUGGAGUUCUCACAUACCGCCGUGAAAGUAAAGUUGACACUCUUACAUCUGAGACUGAAAUAGAUCAUCUUCUUCCAGUCAGAGAGACAGAGAUAGAAUGCAAAGCUAACAAUGCCUUGAGCUUCAAAUCUGGCGCCGCUGCGGCACUGCGAAGACUAUUGUCACCGGCAUUGCGCAGAUCAACUCUUCUUCUUUGGUUUGUUUACUUUGCAAAUUCCUUUGCUUAUUAUGGGGUAGUCUUGCUGACAUCGCAGCUGAGCGAUUCCAAUAGAAACUGCCCAUCUGGGCUGACAACUGUACAGCGUCAAGAAGAUGCUAACCUUUACAGGGAUACAUUUGUUACUAGUUUAGCAGAGAUUCCUGGUCUAAUUGUAUCUGCCAUUCUUGUUGAAUGGAUUGGCCGGAAAGCUACAAUGUGGUCCAUGCUCUUCACUUGUGCUGCUUUCCUUGGGCCACUAGUACUUCAUCAGGAUGAGCUACUUACAACGGCACUCCUAUUCGGUGCUCGCGCAUGUGCCAUGGGUAGCUCCACAGUUCUAUGUUUAUAUGCUCCAGAGGUAUAUCCAACAUCAGUCCGCUCGACCGGCGUUGGAAUUGCGACCUCCAUUGGUAAAAUUGGUGGGGUUAUAUGCCCUCUUGUUGCUGUCGGCAUGCUACGGACCUGCCAUCAAAUGGAAGCUGUUUUUGUGUUUGAGCUGGUGUUAUGCCUCGCUGGAGUGGCCUGCAUUCUCUUCCCUGUAGAAACCAAGGGCCGUGAAAUUGACUGAUGUUAAAUAUAUUAGUGUAUAUAGCUAGUAAUUCGUUGACAUGAAGAUGUCAAGUUUGGCUGGAUUUCUUACAUUUUUGGAGGUACCUCUGGAGCGUUUGUACUCCCUCCGUCCCAAAAUAAGUGACUCAACUUUAUACAAGCUUUAGUACAAAGUUGAGUCACUUAGGACCGAGGGAGUACUUUUUAGAGAGAACACCUCCAUCAUGUAUGCAUAUCUUUGUCAAGCAUGUUGAAUUUGUGUCAGUAUUUUUUCACUUUUUACCCUCUAGUUUCGUGACAUUGUGACAUCUUUUACCCCACUUAGUAAUCUUUGCCAACAUUUGACCUCUUA